AGAGAGAGAGAGAGAGAGAGAGAGAGAGAGUUCUCUUGGAUUUUCAAUGGUUUCAGUUAAGGGAGCGAGCCUAAAUUUCAUAAUCCACAAUUAAGUAUUAGAUUUCUGUAGUAAACAAAAAGGAUAAAAAUCUUUGGCCCGUGAAUAUUCAUGCCAAAUUUGAGAAUUCUGGCAGGAGUUUUCAGGAAAUGUAUGGUUUGAAUCCUAGUGCAGGCUUUUUGUGUGUAUUGUUAGGCUGUAGUAGAGUUUGUUAAUGCUGUUGUGGAUAUAAUCUGUGUGAAGACACAUGCAAUAGUUUUCCAAAAUUUUCAGAAAUUUGUUCCAUAUUUUAAGGAUUAGGGGUUCUACGUGUUGGUGGGUUAUCCAAACUGCCCCUGGGAUUUCCACUACUGGCUUCGCAUGCUACAAACACCCAUGAAAGGAUUGAAAUGGCCAAAAUUUCUUCUGUUGAAGCAUAAUAAAAAGUAAUCUUAUGUUGAACUAGGAGUGCGGACUAUGAGAUCGAGAAAUAACAUAAUCAACUAGAGCACAAAGGUUAUUUGGUCAUUUUGCUCUGAUUUCCUCACUGAAAAGGCACUGAGGAGGUUCCGAUCCCUUAGAAACUGUGAAUCAAGAUCCCUCAUCGUUGAGUUUCUUCCUCAAUUAGGUUAAUCAUAGACAAAGCUGUACAUGAAUCAUGUUCUAGUCAUUUAUUGAACCCCGGUAAUCCUUGCCCCCAAGGGCACAUUGGAAGAAGAGAGGGCCUUUUGGUCAUUUUACUUUUGGGUGAUAUGUCUAUUUCUAGAAAGCCAAGGAUAGUUCAUGGUUCAGAUUUGUUGUCUUCUAAAAGUGGUCCCGAAGUCAUGUAGUGCAUGUGUAAAUAUAUAUAUAUAUGUGUGUUUGUGUCUAACUGUGUAUGAUAUACACAUGCAUUCUUGGCUCCAUCAGUGAGUGCAAGAUUCAUUCUGAAGACUCUACAAUGGCCGACCUUGCAAGUUUGAUCUCUAUUUGUAGCAAGAGAACGAUUGUGAGCGCCUAUGUGACGCCUCCGGGGAAAAUAUUUCUGCUUUCACCCCUAGAUCGCAUUAUGGAGCUUCAUAAUAUACGUGCGGUCUAUUACUACAGAUUUGGUGGAGAGGAUGAGGCUUUGGUCCUGGUGAACAAGCUAAAAGAAUCUCUAUCGAUGUUGCUUUCUAGUUUUCCAGUUAUGACGGGUAGGCUUGUGAGGGGCGAGACUGGAAGUUGGUGGGUCAAGCUCAUAGACACAGGGGUGAGACUUGUGGAAGGAAGGGUGAAUAUGACUAUCGACGAGUGGCUGACAGUUGUCAAUAGAGAUGCAGAGUUGAAGCUUGCUCAUUGGGAAGACAUGAGAGUCGAUAUGUAUUUCUGGUCAACAUUUUAUGUUCAGCUGACCGUGUUCGAGGGUGGGGGGCUGGCUCUUGGAUUCAGUUGUAGCCAUCUCUUAUCUGACGCAAUUUGUGCCGCUCAAUUUGUGAAGAAAUGGGCUGAGACCCAUCUCAAACAGAUUUCAAUUUAUCCACCUACUCAUCUCUCUUUAACUCCAAUAACUGGAGCAGUGUCUUCCUCAUUCCUCAACGACAGCCCAUGUGUGAAACACUAUGAAUCAGCCGCAAAGGCCCACACAGAACAAGGACGUUCACAAGGGUUAAGAGACCCCAUAGCCGCUCACUCGACCGUAACAUUCCACUUUAGCAAUGAGAUGGUUCAGAAGUGCAUUAGAGACGCCCAGUGGGGCUCACUAAAUGGGCUCCAGCCCACACCCUUCGAGGCACUUACAGCACUCUUUUGGGUUGCAUGUAGUAGAGUGAAGGGACAAGAGACCUUAGUGGAUUUGUCCCUUUGCCUUAACAUGAGGAGUACCUUGGGCCUUGGUGAUGAGUUCUUUGGAAAUGCCAUGGUUUUCACUAUUAUGGAUCCUCAUAACAUGAAUAUCAAGAAAGAAAUGAAAGAAGGGGAGUUGGGUUAUUUAACCAGAAUUUUGCAAGAGGCUGUAAACAAGAUUGGAGAAGAGGAGGCAAUGCAUUUGCUUCGAUGGGUUGAAUCUAAGAGAGAGGGAGAAGGGGGAAAGAAGCAGUAUGAGCCUUUUCCUGUCUAUGGUCCUGGCCUUGUAUGUGCAAACUUGGAAGAAUUGCCAUUGUAUGAAGUUGUGUUUGGAAAUGGGUUGGAGCCGGUUAGGGUUUCGCUUUAUGUUGAGCCUGUGGCAGGAGAAGGGGAGAUCUUGAUCCUUCCUUCCCCUGAGGGGGGCUUGGCUCGCAAUGUUUCAGUUACGCUUCCUAAGGAUCAGGCUCUCAAGCUUAGUAAGGAACCUUUGAUCUUCAGUUUCAAUUCAAUGAUACCCAUAUAGGAAUAAAGCAAAACAACUUAUCAGUACUUAAGUGACUUGGACAAGAGUAAUAUGCUCAAUGUGAAGCAUAAUUGAAUAGGUUUGUUGGGGUCAUGUUUGGAUUUGCUGCACCAUGUGUUUAGAAGGAAGACCAGGAGGAAAUGCUUGUACAUCUUUCUCUCUAAUGAAAGUUUCGAUUUAGAUAAGCUCUACAUUUGGCUGUUUAAAUGUUCUGAUUUUUUAAAGCAACAAAAUACUAGGGGGAAUUUUGCCCCAAAAUUGGUAAUGUAUCCUUCAUUUCCA